CCGACAGCAAACCUUAUAAUCAGGUUUCUGAUACGUAAAAAUAAUCUUUUAUAUCUACUGCAAAAAUACUUUGAUGAGGUUUAAAUAAUCCAGUUAGUUGUCAACACAUCAACAUGAAAUCACUUUGAUCAGCGAUGGACAUUUACUGCUAUUUAGAAGUGCAUUUCUGCAAUUAUUGCAUUCUAGGUAGCUUCCUGAAUGCUCUCAGUUUGAAUAAAUGAACUUUUAUUCGUUAGGAUUGAUGAGCUAACAGCUAGUUAAGAAACUGUAUCACUCAGUGCGGUGAUAUGCGCACUGACCAACAUCAAAGUCGAUCCAGGUCAAUUUUGUUGAAAAAGCUGGGACCCUAACUCUAACCCUCUUUAUCCUAGUUUACAUACGCUUUAGAAAACCGGCCUUUCAAAUAAAGUUUGUUCCACUCUGGAACAGUAGUGGCGACACGCCCCUUUUCAUCUUGGCUUUCUUUCGGUUAGCUCAUUGCAACACAAGCAGUAAACAGAAGCUGGCAGGAGUGAAGCAGAUGGAACUGAAACAGGAUGUGCACAAUGGCUGAAGGACUGUACAACAACGCUGCAGCACAGCUUAUUUGGUACCUACUGUCCUGUUGUAUGGUGUUACACGUGUUGCUUUGUGAUGAUGGUCUUUUCAGAAGACCGCUUCCAUGGUGUCAUCACUUCUGGAAUGUGAGCGUCUAACCUGUAUUAGCUUGACUGAUGCAUUUACAUGCAGAGUUUAUUCGGAUUGCUACCGCAUUAUCUGGGUCUUCAGGUCGAUUAGAAAGCGUUUGCUGUCAGCCCCGAUUAACGUGUUUUCAUGCAAACCGAUGUGAGUCUCUUUCGGGCAAUAAUUCGGUUUUCUGGUGGACUUGUAAACGGCUCCUUAAAAAAUGACCAUUUCUAAAGUUUCCAGGUGAAACCAAUUAGAAUAUGGUGCAAAAGUCCAUCAUGUCAUUAAUUCAACUCGGACUGAGAGACCAUCUAAAAGCUCAGCAACACUUUGCAGGUGUUCUGCAUUCAUUACUGAUUAGAGACACUUUGAGUCAAGAAUACUGAACCUUUUCACAAUAUUAUAAUAGUCUGAGAUUUUGAAUGUGGGGGGUUUUCAUCAGCUGUAAGCUAUAAUCAUCACAAUUAUAUCAAAUAAAGGCUUGAAAUAUCUGGAUUUGCAUGUAAUAAGUCUAUCGCACACAUUAGUUUCACCUUUUAAGUUGAGUUACUGACAUAAAUGAACAUUUGCACAAUAUUCUCAUUUUUCUAGUUUCACGUAUUCAUGCAACAUUAUUUUAUUAAUGUUUUCAUCAUCAUCAGUUUGACAUCACAAAACUAUGGUUAAUUAAAAUCAUUUAUAUCCCCACCAGGGAUUUCUUAAUGACAACAAUUCAAGAAAUUUGAGUAGCUCUGACAUUUAACUCGUUCACUGCCAUUGACGACUAAAGUCGUCAUUUGCAUUUUUUUUACUGUUUGAAAAUCGGAACGAGCCCCCGCGCUGAGAGAACAAACAUCUCAGCCCUGAAGCCGAUCUUCAUCCGCAUAUGUCACACGUCACGUGAUCAGGAAGCAGAACAUCCAUGUGUUAGGAGAUCGUUUUGGGGCGUUCCUGUAAAAAAAGUGAGGCGCGAACCGGAAAAAGCGUCUGCCGAUCACAAUUCAACAACGGAUUAUGAAAGAACGGAUAAUGCUGAAAACACGCGGAUUCUUCCUGAUGUAAGAGGCGAGUCUCCGCUUUGUUUUUGUCUCGACAUCAUGCUAGCGCGCAACAUUCUGUGACUCUUAAAAAAACAGUAAAAACGGUGAGAAACGCUGGCAGCGAAGGCCGUUAGCGAUCAGGAAACGGCUGGCAGUGAAAGAGUUGAGAUCCGUGAAGUUUUGUGGCAGCAGCAAAACAUUUUGGACUUGAAUUUCACACAGACUGGCUGUUAGCUUAUCAGUCCUGAAGGACAGUAAAAGCAAGUAUUAAUCAUUUUUACACCAAAACACUCUUAAAAAUGGUUACAAUGUUCCUUUGGUUCUACAUUUUUAUAGCAUCUUUUUGUUACACAGAUAUGAACUAAUUGCUUCAUUUAUGUUACUGGGGAAGUGCUCAUUAAACUUACAACUAUCUGAGCGUAAAUAGCCGUAAGUAUGUCGAUUAUAGCAGGAAAAUGUAGUUACAUCCUCAGUCCCUAGGCUGACUGAGAGUCACCUUCAGAUAAGACGAGGUUGUCGCUAAAGCGCGAGAAGACCAGAGUGUUAGUAACGGAGCUGACUACUAAAGGAUAUAAAAGAGAAACUAAGCAUAAACACACAAAAUUAAAAGAAAUUACAAGUUUUAUUCUCUUAAAGAUUCAUUAACAGAUUAUUUGUACUCCUAAUUUUCCCACCAUUUUCUUAUAUGAAAUUGAACAAAUCAUACAAGGAAAAGCAAAUCUGAGCGCAGCUACUCCAAAUAUUAGCUCCGUUGAACUUUUGCAAGUCUUGUUUCUUGUGUGGAAAUAAAACCUUUGCAGAGUUUAUCUUUUCAUUCUGCCCUAAACAAGUUGCACUCAGGACUGAAUCUGAGACCAGGUUGCUGUUUAUCUGAUCCAGAAACUCUCCCCCGACAGUCUGACCGUGUAACUCACUCUGACUUAAUGUUAUGGAGCCAGAACAUGAAGCCAGAAAUAUCCGGUGUCCUUUAUGCGGCAUGCAAAUACUGUGAGCAGGCUAUUUGUGGAGCCUGGUAAAUUUGUCGUGUUGAAACGACGGUGAGGCUAAAGCACCCUGAAGUAACCAGACUGAGGUUCAGCUUUGAGCGCGGAGAGGAAAGGCAAAGAGCUUGUGUGUACGAGGCAGCUUGGAAGGAAGGUCUGAAAGCUUUGUGACAGCGACUUGGCAGGAGGACAUGUUUGUGUGUGCGGCGCCUUUAAAUACACAUCAGCCUCCCAUAAAACACGCUGCUUGUCAGAGAUGGCGUUCCGGUCUGUCCUCCUGCUGCUGCUGGCUCUUGGUCUUCAUACCAGCGGUCAAAUUUUGGCUGAAUCCGAGCCUCUCCCAACAGGCUGUGGCUGGGGCCUUGGGCGUCCAUACACCCUCCUCUGUGACCUGGACUCCAUUUGGGGUGUAGCUGUUGAAUCCGUGGCUGCUGGAGGGACCCUGACUGCCAUCUUGCUUGCUCUAGUCCUGCUGUGCCGUUUACGCCACAUCAGUGAAGGCGAGAAGCGCAGUGGUGUGGGACCCAUUCUCCUGCUGCUCCUGGGCAUCCUGGGCUUGUUUGGCCUCAGCUUCGCUUACCUGAUCGAGCAGGAUGAGUCUCUCUGUCUGAUCCGCAGGGCCUUGUGGGGUCUUCUUUUUGCUGUCUGCUUCUCCUGCUUGCUGGUUCAGGGCGUUCGGCUGCGCAGGCUGGGCCGGGAGCGUCGGAGUCCGGGUGGAUGUGCUCUAACUAGCCUGGCAUUGGGAUUGAGUGCUGUGCAAGGGAUCAUUGCUGCUGAGUGGCUACUCCUGACCGUGCUGCGGGAGGGGAGAGCUGCCUGUCAGUACCUGCCUUUGGACUUCUCGUUAGCCUGCAGCUACGUGCUAGCCCUGCUGCUGGCGGCUCUUACAGCCGCUUCCUUGGCCCUGUGUGGGAAGACACGUCAGUGGCGCUGCAAUGCUAUCUGGCUGCUCUUGACCUGCCUGCUGUCCCUGCUGUUAUGGGUGGCCUGGGUGGGCCUCUAUCUGUAUGGCAACGCCUGGCUUGACAGGUCCCCCGAGUGGAAUGACCCGACUCUUGCAGUAGCUUUGGUAGCUCAGGGCUGGCUGCUGCUGAUCUUCCAUGCCAUUCCUGAAUCCCAUAUCUGUAUGAGACCUCCUCCGCAACCCACCGCUCCAGACUACUUUGAUACAUCCCAGAACUCAACACGGAUGAGGGAGACGAGCUUUGACGAAGAUAUCCCUCUUUCUCACCGGCAGUUUGUGGAGAACCAGGGCUACGGAUACAACGAUGAGAACACUGCAGGCUUGAGGAGCGGUGGAGGUGCAGGUCAGCACAACAGUAACACCGGUGCCAGGCCCAGUGCUCCCUUCCGUAGCAACGUCUACCAGCCCACAGAGAUGACCAUGAUCCUGAAUGGGGGAGCGGUGAGUACAUCCUCCCAGUCGCAGGUGCCCUCCGCCCCUCCCACCUACACGGGAAGGCAGCUGUGGUGAAAGGAGGAUAUAGCGACAGAAUAUUAGGAGAAUAGGUUGGAGGGAUUGAGGAGAGUGAGGGGUUCCAGGACUUGGGGUCCACCCGGUUGGAUGGAACUUUCUGCAGCAUGGACGCCUGCAGGGCUCUUUCACUCUGUGUACAGACUCUAACGCUGAAUCUGUGCCAAUCAAGUAUUGAAUGAAUGUGAUUGUGAGAGCGAGGCAUGGAGGACAGAGCUAAAACCUUUCCUGCUUACAAUGAACUCUUGAAACAUGUCCAGUCAUGAGGAAAAAAAGAACGACACAACGCGCACUGACUCAGAUCUGAAAUUAUCUUUGGUUUGCUCCGCUGAUUCUCCAGCAUCCCUGAAAACUGUGAAAUCUUUUGCUUCGUGCUGAUCGGGCAGGAUGUGAUGUGUGCUGCUCCUUUACAGUGCUGGUGCUCACAUGGAAACAUUUGGCUCUGUCCUCCAUCCAUCCACAUUAAACACACGUAAACAGAGCACACGGACAACUGUACAGCUCCAGCACCGCCCCCUUAAAAAUAAUUCAGCCUCUGUCGGUGUCUAUGUACAGUAAAAUGAAUGGAGAAAGUGUGUGUGUGUGUGUGUGUGUGUGUGCGUGCGAGCGUGUGUGUUUGUCACAGCUCCCCAACAAGCCCCGGCCUUUUCCUCCUCUUCUCUCUCUGUUCCUGAUCUGCACUGUCUGUUGUUAUAAAACAUAGCUCUCCUCCCACCUGCAUGGACCCAUUGCAAACACAAAAACUGUGAAGCCCUACCUGGCAACCACUGAACAUAGACUCCACCUGUACAGAGGGAUCACAUGCUGCCACUGAACUGCUAGAUGUACGAAGGAGCAGGGUGGGACGUGAUUGGAUGAGGAGGCGGUCAGUCAUCUGCAAAAGGGGAGGUGGGGUGGGUGCAGCAAUGUAGGUCAGACCGCUGCUCUCCCACAUCUCCAGUGGCCACUGGCGGAUCGGAACAACCAGGAGAGACUGUCACUUUGGAUCAGCAGGAAACAGAGCAAGGAAGUUCAAAAGAGAGGAAAAAAAGUGUCUCGCUUUUCUGUCUGUGUGCAUACGUGGAUUGUGAUUUUCUGAGCAACAAAAUUCAAGUUCUGAUGCUGAAUUCCCACAAGUGGUGUGGAACAACAGAAAAAAAACGUGAGUGACAGAAUAUAAAUAAACAGCUGUGGCUGGAGAUAUUUUGGAGCCGCUGAAAGAUGAGAUUUACACUGUGGAGAAGAAAGAGGAGGGUCAAAUAUAAGGGAAGGAGAAGGAAGGUCAGAGGGGGGGAAAUCUCCUUCAAUCAGCCUCCACUGUGUGAGAAAACCGCUCUCGAGUCCCUUUGUGCACAAAGGAGCUGCUCCUUUAUACCCUCUAAACUCCUCUCCUCCUCCUCCUCCUCCUCCUGCUUCUCUGUGGUCAGUGCCAAUAAAGACUCCUCGUUUCUUUGGAGUUUUGAUUUACACUUUUCUCUCAUCGUGGCACCAGCUAUCACCAGAGGAACUGUGUACAUAUCAGUGCUAUAAAGCUCUGCUUACCUGUUUUCCUUUUAUAUUUUUAAAUUGUAGGCCGAGUUUAGACACAGCAAACUUAUUUUUACUUCCUUUUUAAUAAUUGGUUGCUUUAUGUUCAAACUUUGCCUUUUGAUCCAUAUAUGCUUUUAUUUUUUUCUUGCUUGCGUCUUUUAUUUUUAGCUUUUUCUGAUUUAUUUUAUUUUGCCAGGACUAAAUUUGCUUUUUAGUAUUUUAGUUUGAUAAGGUUCAUGGAUUUUACGGGAGCUGUCAUUUACAAGACUUUAUGUUGGUUUUACUUUCUGGUUUAACUGAGGCAGAGGAGGAACAAACGUAUUUUGAGGUUGUUUUUUUUUUGUUGUUUAGAUAAAAUACACUAGCUGUGAAUAACUUUGGCACUUCAUGCAGUAAACAAACUAGCUGCUGAUACCCUAUGGGGGUGAAAUUUAAAAUCAGGGUAGGGUGGGUAGGUUAUAUUAAAUUUAGACCCACUAACCACCAGUUAAAUGAUCCUUGAAAUUCGUCUGACCUGGGGUCGGCCCUUAACUGCUGCUGUGUUUGUCUGACACUGGGACUAACUCUGAAACAGGACUGCUACUUGCAGGCCAGCCUCAGACCCAAACACAGCUCCCUCUUCCAACUGUGCUUGGGCCACACCUGGUCCCAAACAGAUCCACGCAAGAACUGCCCUCAGGGUUUUCAAUACUCGACUGUAAGUUUCAAUCCUCAGAGUUAAGGACGGAUGUUUGAAUUCUUGUGACGUUUUCACUUAAUGUGGACAAAACAGAAAAAAAGAUGAACAACAUGGUGUGACUUCGUACAUUUUGCACUCGUCAACUACCUAUCCGUGCAUGCUUCUCACAUUUUCUACAUAUAAGAUCUUUCUCAGACGUACUUUUGGAUACUAACCAUUUAUGUAAGGGUCAUGUGACAGAAAUCAUAACUUCAGUGUAUAUCAAAUGACACCCGUUGAUGUCUGUGCUUACAAAAACACAAAAGGGUUGCUUGUUGUGACAUCAAGAGAAUAAAACCAGGGGUCGGUCCAGAAGAGUGUGAUCUUCAGGACCUAAUAACAAAUUUCCUCUGUGUGGGUUUGAAGACUUGAGGGUUUUUAAAAAAGCAAAUCUUCCGACUGAUAUUGUCUCUGUGUUAAAACCAAGUAGACUGUGGUGAAAUUUGCACAAAACUUCUAUGUUGAGUUUGAUGUCCCAGGGGUGACCCAUCCUUCCUGGGCUCGACGUGUCCUUGCCUGUCCGCUCCUGAUUUGUCUUGCCGUCAGACUGUUCCGGGGGGGGGGGGGGGGGGGGGAGCUAGCAGGGGUAAUAUUGGUUUUCACAGUUAUGACAGUGCAGUGAUGCAGCAUGCAGAUGUAUAGAAACUUAAUUCCUUGAUUAGAAAAAGAAGAAAAAAACCAACUAACUGUUGUUUCUGUAACCAAUUCAGGAAAAAAGUUCAAUAAAGGUGUCAUGUUUGUAGUUAA